CCCUCCCACGCUUCACUUGAAAGCGCGCAAUGUUGCUUAUACCCCUGCGAGUUUGCAGAUGCUUUGGCGAGAAAUUUCCAAAGUUCGCAAAAUUGCGCUAAAAAAAAAAUCGCACAAGUGUAUGCAUAUGUAACAUAUGUUUAUGUGCAGGAUGUACAGCUGAGCUCCCGCGCGCACAUUAAAGUGCCACUCCCAGGGAGAUUUUACCCUACUUACCUUCGUACCGCUUAAAAUGGCAUUUUAGGGGAACUGCAAAAGCGAAGAAGCGAUAGUUUGCGCUUUUGGUUUAGGCCGACCCGUCCUCGUAAAAAUGCCACAAUGAUUUUUACGAGAGUAUUCUUGCUUCUGGCAUUCCUGGUGUGCAGCGUAUCUACCUUCGUCAAGCACAACUUCCCCGUUGGCAACUAUAUAUACACGAAGACAGACCGGUUCAGGAAGAAAAGGAAAAAAAUCAACUACAGGCUGCGUAAGAGCAAAGAUGAAGACAUCGAGAGCUGCAUUCCGCACAUCUACAAGGACAUUGCGCCCUCCCUGAAGGGUCUAGCAGAUGAGGAAUACUCUUACAAACAACUGCUGCAUGCGUACUUCCCCGAAACGGCCGAAAGAGAAAUAGAAAAAAAAAAGGAAAAGGAGUUAAAACAAAAGAAUGAAGAGAGGGGGACGUGGAAAAGUAGCACGGAGAAGAAAGUUGCGAAGGAUGCUGAAAAGGACAUGGAAGAAAAGCUAAGACAAAAUGAUAUAAUAAAUUUUGAACAUAUAAGUAAAAUAAAUGAUCACAAGAAAAAAAAUAAAAUUUUGGACAUCGCAUAUGAUAGUAUUGAAGACUCCCUGAGAGAUAUUUACCUGCGCAUGAAGACAGGUGUAGCAGACGAGGAAGAAGACAAAAAGGAUUAUCUCGAAAUUGCGAAAAAGGAAAAGGACAUGCUGUACGAAAAGCUUAUAUGUGGGUAUUCCCCCCUGAAUAAUAGCAGCACGUUCGAUUUGUUCGGCGUUUUCUACGAUAGUAAGGACUAUGAGGACGGGGAAAAACUGUUGGCAGAGAUGGAAAAAAUGUUAAAUUUGGAGCCGCUUAAAAGUAACAGGGGGAACUUACUGCAAACGGUUGACGCGCUUUUAAAGAAGAACAAACUGCCCCCGCAUAUAAGAAAUUUUUUGGUCAAAUAUAGGCACCUUGCUGAGAAGGCUUCCGGCGCACGGGAAGAUAGAAUCGAAAAAGGUGCUCCUCCGGAAGGGGGCAAGGUCGCCCUCGAUACGCAGAGCGAACUGGAUUGUGCGCAGUCCCCCGGGGGGGAAAGCAAAAAUGAGGAGCUCCUCCAACGGGGCGAUCCGGGUGAGCAGGACGCACCAGACAAAUCGGACGAUCCAGACAAAGCAACCACCACUGGAGGGGAAAUAAAAAAAGAAGACUUCCUCAAGGACGUUAACAAAGUCAUUAUGACCUUGCACAACAAUUUGAAUAACGAAAAAUUAAUGAGGAGGGACCAAUACUUUGUCGACGAGCUGUACGACGCUUACAAGAAGCACCUGCGGAGUAUGCACGUGAAGCGAAACAAACUGGAGCCGCAGAAAAAUAAUUACGACUUUUUAACCUUUUUCCAUGAGCAUUACGAAGAGUACUAUUUUUUUAAGUACGGAAAUUUCGACUAUGAUUUUGAGGAAAGGGUGCAGAAGGUGAAGAGCAAGAUGGAGAGUGAAAAGGGUUUCACUAAGGAUGAGCACGCAGCUCAGUUGAGCCAACAGGGGGGGAGAAGGCCCCCAGUGGAGAAUCACCACGUCGGAGGAGAUAAACCAAGUGGUGUAGAUAUGCGAGUUGGAACUUCGUCUGACACUGCUCAAAGAAGGCAAAACGAGGAAAAAGCAGCUGCUGAAAGGGGGAAAAACCCAAACGAGCAGUGUUCCAUCCUGAAAGGCAUAAAGGAAAAUAAAAAACUGAGGAAGCACAUACUCAUGGAUAUAAUUCAGAAUUACCAAAAAAGGAUGUACGAUAUUUAUAAGCCAAAUAAUGUAAUCACGAACGCGUAUGGGUUUAAUAACUAUAUAGACAAUGAACAAUAUGAAAAGGAAAUUAACGCGUCAUUUAACAAAUAUAGCAUAAUGAACUACGACAGCAAGGAUGACUUAAAUAAGGUGGAGAAAUUAUAUGUAGGGAAAUUAAUUUUUGGGAAAAUUUUCAAAAUCGAAAAAACGUAUGCAUAUGUAGAUAUAAAUUACGCAUUUUACGCGGAAUUACACGAAGAUCAAAUGCCCUACAAUAUUAAGAACAUAAAAGAUGUAUUUAAAGUGAAUGACAAAUUGAUAUUUGAAAUUUAUAAAAUGUACCCAGAGAAAAUUUUACUGACGCUGAAAAAUAUUCAAAAGGUUAAUGACCUUAAUAAAAUUUUACAUUACAAAAUGCAGGACGUCCCCUUCGACGUAAAAGUUGUGACCGUUUUAAAAAAUGGAAUAAGCGUUUCGUAUAACGAUAUUUACGCAUUUAUUCACAUUUCUGCUUUGUCGAGCAAGUACAAAAGCAAAGUGGAAGAAAAUGAAAAAAUCCAAGAAUCGCUAGUUAACCAAAAAAUUAAAGUCAUAUGUACAGACAUGAACAAGUUAAAUUUUUCAAAUUUAAUUUAUGAGCAAAAUGAGCAGCUUAAAAAAAUGAAUAUUUACGACAUCGUUCAUGUGGAAAUUAUACACAUUUCGAAAUACGGCUUGAUGGUAAAAUGCGAAGAUAUAGUUGGCCUGAUACACAUCUCGGAAAUUUCCAAAAAAAAAAUUGACGACUUGAAUGAAUUUUUCAAAAUAGGGGACCAAUUAAAAGGCGUUUUAAUAAACAUCGACUAUGACAACAAAAGAUUUUCCCUGUCGACCAAAAUUUUGGAAACGGAGGGCCGAAAUUUUAUUGACAACAGGGCCCAGAUAUAUGACAAUCUGGAAUACAUUUUGGACGACAUUAGGAAAAGGAACACCUCCUUGAGGAUUAACGACUCCAACGUUAAGAACCAGCUGCUCUCCCUCAUUGAUAUUUACAAAGCGGAGGAGGGCGACUCGAAUAGUGAUUCGGAGGGUGAUUCGAAGCGUGAUUCGAAGCGCGAUGACGAAGCGGCUGGUGUGGACGCCGACCGGGGCGAAACAGUCAGAGGCGAAACAGCCAGAGGCGAAACAGCCAGAAGCCAAACAGCCAGAGGCGAAACAGCCAGAGGCGAAACCGAUGGGAGAGACACCCCUCGCAGCGAAGCGGCCCCCGAACAGGCGAAUGACCCGGGACGUGGUACAGACGAACGCACCGCAGAGAAGGGCCACCCGAACCAACCGAGCGCACCCCCUCCCACGGAUCUACUCACAGAGAGAGAUCAACCAAAACGCGCAGACAGGGAUAACAUAGAAACCGAAACGGAAAGGGAGCGCUUUAGUGACGACCCAGAUGAAGCGGAAGAGGAGAAAAAGGAACUUACCAUCGACAUAAACAACCAGUUGGUUCCCUACCUGAUGUUGAAGCAGGAUGAAAUCGCCAAGGAGGAGGAGGAAAGUGACUUGGGAAAACCCAGAGAGAUAAUUUGGAACCUGGAGGAUGAAGAAUUUCUGAACUCCAACUCCCCAACGCAGAGCACCCAAUUUUUCGAAUAUCAGUGGUCCUACUUAAAGGACAAGAAGUGGGUGAACUUCGCCUAUUACGUGAACAGAAUUAUGAAUUACUAUUUUAGCAUUAACGAUGACUUCUUUACGUACAAGGAGAAGAACGUGGUGUACGAAAUCGAUUUUGUGAAAGGUGUGAGAAUCGACUUGGCCACAGGGCUCCACAACAGGAUUAGAAAAAUCACCAAGUAGAGAAGCAGCCGCGGAAACGGUUUAACAAAAAAAAGCAAAAAAAAAGCAAACAAAAAAGAAUAUGCAAAAGUUAAGUGUUCAUUUUAAGGGGUUGCUGCAUUAUUGGGUGGGUGUGCUUCGUUUGAGACUGCCGGCCCUGUGUGAAAUUUUCCUUUUUUUUUUGGUUAAUAUUCUAUUUCUUCAUCCAAAUCGGAGUCCUCGUACUCGUUUUCGUCGUCAUAGUCUUCGUCAUCGUUGAAGUGGAUGUCCGGCUGCAAAAGGAAGUGAUUUGUUUAGGCAUUUGUCGCUGUGCCCGCUGUGGUCGCCGCUUUGGGGGGCGUACAACGUAUGCACACUUGUGGAAUUUUUCAUUUCCACGUUAUCGUUUGCCUUUUU